ACCCCUAUCAAUUUAUAUGAUUGGUAAAUCUAAUCAGAAACAAUACACAGAAUCUGAGGAUAAAAGAAUUUGAUCAAAUAAAUCCACUUUCUGUUUUAUUUUUCUUCGUACAAACUGCUAACUCUUUGGGUAUAAUUGAUGGAUAAAGACUACGCUUAUCUUCCAUCAGCCGACUCCACCGCCUCAUUUAUGCACUCCGUAUCUUGCCUCGGCGCAUCGGACGGCGCAUCGAUGACAGCUUUCGUCGCCGCCCUCCCGGUGCCCCCGGGAGAUUCCGUCGCCUCGUCGAGCGUCUUCCUCCCACGCUAUGAAAACGGCUCCUCGCGGUUGGCCGUCUCCAAGCCUUCCUGGAUCGUCCGAACGGAGUCAAAUGUUAGGAGAGAGAAAAUGAAGAGACCAGAUCCGCCAUGUGUGGUCUGUGAUGGUAGUGGGAGAAUUGAUUGCCAGUAUUGUCGAGGAAGAGGCAGGACGAACUGCCUGGAUCUGAUCAUGCUCCCUAAAGGAGAAUGGCCUAAAUGGUGCAAGGUCUGUGGUGGAAGCGGACUUGGGCACUGUAACCGCUGCCUCGGAACCGGAGAAUACCGAGAUGUAAUGGGAUUUCAUUUUAUGAAGAAUAAUAGGGAUUCAACAUGAUUAAGCAACCGUAUCAGAUGGUCAAUGAUGUGUCGCAGGGAAAGCAGAUGCGAGUAGUGCAAAUACACCCCCGUGACAAUUUCUCGAGGUUGGGCAGAAGAAUAGCAUCACUGGUUAUCCGAUAUGAAUGCUUCGAGUGAACCUCUGCUUUGUACACAUUGAGCCUAACGAAAAAGUUGGUGGCGCAGGUGAGCUUGAACGCAUUGGUUGAUGGUUAUAUUUUGGUCAGCAUAUGACAUCAUAAAAAUAAAAAUAACAAACAAGUUAAAACAUAUUAAAUAAAUUAAAUUGCUUUUUUUUCUUUUCUUUUCAGAAUAUAGCUUCUUCGUAUUGUAUUCUAAAAUAGUUCACCAAAAUUAUACUGUAAUAAAGUCAUAAGCAUAGUGUAAUAUCUGAAUAUUCAAGCCAUGACAACUGAAAAGUCGGAUAUCGACCAUAAAAUUUCA